GUGUCAUCAGCACCUGGAGUCAGGAUGUUGCUGAUCCGGAUCCGCCCAGCAGCUCGGCGUCACAGUACCGACAAGAUGGCUGAGAUUACGGGUCCAAAGUGAGGGAGGAGGAAACAACAGUGGAGAGCUCUUCUUGUUGGAGAUGGUGGAGCUUCAGAACCGCUGAGGGGUCCAGUUCGGGGCGGGGAGUGGCGGAGARACACGCUAGGUGUGUCCCGGACUCGGGUCUGCGGGUCCAGUUGGUCCGGAUGUAAACAAACUGUGGUCCAAAGCGGUACGCAGACGGAGCAUUCGUCAUGGAGCUAACCUGCUAACAAUGUUUACUAGCUGACAGCACCGUCAGGCAGAGGAGACGCUUCCACCAAGUGACGCUCGGAGUUAUUUUUAAAUGAAUAGUUGCUGCUUCUGAAUAUUUACUAUGAGCUAAUGUUUGUGGCAGCAGCACAACUUUUAACACGCAGGAAAUCAGGCUGAACUCCUCCAGCUGGUUAGCCGCAAUGUUAGCAAGCUGGUUAGCAUGCUAGCGUUGCGGAUUUCUCACAGCUCGGGAGUUAGCAUUAGCAACUGUUCUGAGUUUGUUCCGACACAGAAAAGGUUCCGCUGUUUGUGAGAAGGACACUUUUUUAAACCACUGCUCGGAAAGUAGCGGCAGCACCUCCUGGGACACCGGGAGACCUGAUCUGGGUCGCUGACAUUGAAGGCAUCACAGCCGCGGGGACUGUGAGGACCAGCGGAGCUGAGGAGAACCGAGCCCCAAGUCGGCUUCGUCAUGGCCCACUCUCCCGUACAAGGGAACCUGCCGGGGAUGCAGAACUCCAGAGUCGACCCCGAGGAGCUGUUCACCAAGCUGGAGCGCAUUGGCAAAGGCUCAUUCGGCGAGGUGUUCAAAGGCAUUGACAAUCGCACACAGAAAGUGGUGGCCAUCAAGAUCAUAGACCUGGAGGAGGCAGAAGACGAGAUCGAAGACAUCCAGCAGGAGAUCACCGUGUUAAGUCAGUGCGAUAGCCCCUUUGUCACCAAGUAUUACGGCUCAUACCUGAAGGACACAAAGCUAUGGAUCAUUAUGGAGUAUUUAGGUGGAGGCUCCGCCUUAGACCUGAUGGAACCUGGAGCGUUGGACGAGACCCAGAUUGCCACGAUUCUUAGAGAAAUCCUGAAGGGUCUGGAGUACUUGCACUCAGAGAAGAAGAUCCACAGAGACAUCAAAGCUGCCAACGUGCUGCUGUCUGAGCAAGGAGAGGUGAAGCUGGCAGACUUCGGUGUGGCGGGCCAGCUCACAGACACUCAAAUCAAACGGAACACCUUCGUGGGAACGCCUUUCUGGAUGGCCCCGGAGGUGAUCAAACAGUCGGCGUAUGACUCCAAGGCUGAUAUUUGGUCUUUGGGCAUCACAGCAAUCGAGCUGGCGAAAGGCGAGCCACCCCACUCAGACCUCCACCCCAUGAAGGUUUUAUUCCUCAUCCCAAAGAACAACCCCCCCACGCUGGAGGGCAACUACUGCAAACCACUCAAGGAGUUUGUCGAAGCCUGUCUCAACAAGGAGCCCAGUUUUAGGCCAACUGCCAAAGAGCUGCUGAAGCAUAAACUAAUCGUCCGCUAUGCUAAGAAGACGUCAUACCUGACCGAGCUGGUGGACAAGUACAAGAGGUGGAAGGCRGAGCAGUCUAGAACUACAGAGUCCAGUUCUGACGAGUCAGACUCGGAGCAGGACGGUCAGGCGUCGGGCGGGAACGACUUUGGCAGCGAUGACUGGAUCUUCACCAUUCGAGAGAAGGACCCCAAGAAGCUUCAGAAUGGAGAGGGACAAUCGGGGGGAACGGAUCAGACAAAAGACAUUCCAAGGAGGCCUUAUUCACAGAGCCUGGCCUCAGUCAUCUCUCCUGCUCUAUCUGAGUUGAAGGCUCGACAGGAGCAGGUGAAUGGGAACCCCAUGGUCCUGGAUGAGCUCAGGGAGGCUAUCCUCCUCGCUGAAGAGGCCUACCCUGGUAUCUCUGACUCACUUGUGGCUCACAUGGUGCACAGGCUCCAGAGGUAACAACAUCUGUCAUUUAAAAGGGACUUUCCCAUUAGUCAGGUUCAAGUGCAAACCCAGAAUCAAAGCUUAGCUCCAUUUUUCUGUUUCCAUCAACUCUAAUACCAAAAACCAGUGCUGACUCAGGCCCAGCUCCUGGAUCAAAAGAGACAUCCACUUUGAUCAGGAGCUGGCUCACAGAGACCAACUAAAUGUGAUGGUUAAAAACAGUUAUUUUCACUUAUAGUCUGAACAGAUCAAUAAAAUGUCACCAUAGUGUUGGAAUUACCUGAGCUUGUCCCUACCUCCUUGUGCUUAUUUUAAACAAAUCCUCUCUGCUAUAAAACCUGAUCGUGUUUAUAGAUCCUUCUUAAAAGUCAGUUUUUACUCCUGUUUAUGGUGACAUUUAUUUUACCAACUGUUGUUUAAAACAGCACUUACUAUUAAAUGCAUUACAUUGGUGAUAUUUUAACAAACCCUGUGAUCUGGUUAGGUAAAUGGUCUCUUCCAGCGUUGGGGUCCCAUAAUUAGGUUUUAAAUCUAGUCUUUUAUGAAGUACCUCAAAGUAAUACUUUAGUGAAAUUACAUGUAUCUUACUAUAGGAUUACUUGGUUGAAGUCUCCUUCACAAAUAAUUUUUCAGUAAAAGUUUGAAUAUCUGACAUUUAUUGCAUUAAAAGUAAAUAUCUUACAUAAAAUAUACUCAAAUAUAAAAUUAUUUAGUAAAAGUAAGUGGUUAGAAUUUCCAAAAUGAUAUUUACUUGAAGGUAACAUCUGCAAAAAACAUGACUAUCAUGUUAUAUUAAAAUAUUGCAUGUAUAUCUCUGCCACAGUCAUCUUCAUAUUAGACUACAUAUGCCUGAUAAGUCCUACUGGAGUGGGACAUGACUUACGUCGUGCAGGUGUAAUGGAUUCUACAAAUCAAUAGGGUGUCAGAUUGGAGGCUGUUAUUUGGAUAUCCAGUGUUUCCAGUAUUCCUCUCCUAUCUAAGAGAUAAUGUAAUUUGUUAUGAAUUUCCCAGGUUUUUUUUUUCCAUUUGCUAAUUAGUGGGGGUUCAUUAUUUAGCCAUUUUUUGAUUAUAGCUUUUUUACAACCAGCGUAGUGUAGUGACCAGAGAAAAUAAGCACCAGAUAGCUUAGACACCAAGGAACGUAGGCACCAGAGAAUGUAGGCACCAAAGAAAGUUGGCACCAGGAAACAUAGGCACCAAGGAACUUAGGCACCAAGAAACAUAGGCAUCAAGGAAAUUAGGAACUAGAGAACAUAAGCACCAAGGGGCUGAGGCCCCGUGGAACAUAGGUACCAAAGAAUAUAGGCACAGGGGAAUGUAGACACCAAGGAAUAUGGGCACCAAAUAGCUUAGGCACCAUUUAACGUAGGCACCAAAGAAAGUUUUCACCAGGGAACUUAGGCACAAGAGAACAUAGGCAUGAAAGAACGUAGGCAUCAAGGAACAUAGGCACCAGAGAACGUAGGCACCAAGGAGCUCAGGCCCCACGGAACAUAGGCACCAAAGAAUGUAGGCACCAAAAAAACAUAGGCACCGAGGAACAUAGGCACCAGAGAACGUAGGCACCAAGGAGCUCAGGCCCCACGGAACAUAGGCACCAAAGAAUGUAGGCACCAAAAAAACAUAGGCACC